UCGAAAUUCAUUGAACUGUACACUUCAACUGUGUGCACUUUAUAACCGCUUCACUCCAAAAGCAAGGCUCAAACUUCAAAGCAGUUUCCAAGGUGCCUUUGGGUCCCUGUAGGCCGCGGCUCUCUGGGUCAGAAUCGAAACUGGAUCCCCGCCCCCGGCGCCGCGAGACAGUUUCGAUUUCCAGGCGCCGGCCCUGGCGGCUUUUCCCUCGGCUUCCCUUCUUGGAAAGUCCCCACCGCGCUCAUCCUGGGCGGCUUUUGGGGAGCCGGGGUGCUCAUCCCUCCCAGGGAGCCACAGAAUGACAGCUGAACAGCGGCAGAAUCUGCAAGCAUUCAGAGACUAUGUCAGGAAGACUCUGGACCCCACCUACAUCCUCAGCUACAUGGGUGCCUGGCUCCAGGAUGAUGAGGUCCAGUACAUCCAGGCUGAGAAAAACAACAAGGGCCCAAUGGAGGCUGCCUCGCUGUUUCUCCAGUACCUGCUGCAGCUGAAGAGUGAUGGCUGGUUCCGGGCCUUCUUGGAUGCCCUCUACCAUGCAGGUUACUGUGGACUCUAUGAAGCCAUUGAAAGUUGGGAUUUCCAAAAAAUUGAAAAGUUAGAGGAACAUAGAUUACUUUUACGACGUUUACAACCAGAAUUUAAGGCCAGGAUCAAUCCAACAGAUAUCCUUUCUGAAUUGUCUGAAUGCUUAAUUAAUCAGGAAUGUGAAGAAAUCAGACAGAUCUGCUUCACCAAAGGGAUGAUGGCAGGUGCGGAGAAGAUGGUCGAAUGUCUUCUCAGAUCGGAUAAGGAGAACUGGCCCAAGGUUUUGAAACUUGCUUUGGACAAAGAAGACAACAAGUUCAGCGAACUGUGGAUUGUUGAGGAAGGUUUCAAAAGGGUUGAAAGUAAAGCUGCUGAAGAUGAUGGAACAGAGAUGUCCAGCAUACAGAUUUUCAUACAGGAAGAGCCAGAAUGCCAGAAUCUCAGUCAGAAUUCCUGCCCACCUUCAGAAGUGUCUUCUAAUCAUUUGAACAGCCCAUUGAAACCAAGAAAUUACCAACUGGAGCUUGCUCUGCCUGCUGAGAAAGGGAAAAACACAAUAAUAUGUGCUCCUACCGGCUGUGGGAAAACCUUCGUAUCGCUUCUUAUAUGUGAACGUCAUCUUAAAAGAUUCCCACAUGGACAGAAAGGGAAAGUGGUCUUCUUUGCUAAUCAAAUUCCUGUCUAUGAACAGCAGGCAACUGUGUUCUCACGCUAUUUUGAAAGACUUGGGUACAAUGUAGCAGGCAUUUCUGGGGCAACGACUGAUAAUGUCUCAGUGCAACCGAUUAUUGAAAACAAUGACAUCAUCAUCCUGACACCCCAGAUUCUUGUGAACAGUCUCAACAAUGGAACCAUCCCCUCACUGUCUGUCUUCACCUUGAUGAUAUUUGAUGAAUGCCACAACACCAGUAAACACCACCCAUACAAUCAGAUCAUGUUCAGAUACCUAGAUCACAAACUUGGAGAGUCGCCAGACCCACUGCCUCAGGUCAUCGGGCUGACUGCCUCAGUUGGUGUUGGAGACGCCAAAACCACAGAGGAAGCCAUUCAGCACAUCUGCAAACUCUGUGCCGCUCUUGAUGUGUCCGUAAUAGCCACAGUCAGGGACAACGUGGAAGAACUGGAGCAGGUUGUUUAUAAGCCCCAGAAAAUUUUCAGGAAAGUGGAAUCACGGACUGUCAACACCUUUAAGUCCAUCAUAUCUCAGCUGAUGAAGGAGACGGAGAAACUGGCAAAGGACGUCUCCAAGGAACUUGGAAAGUUUUUUCAAAUUCAAAAUAGAGAAUUUGGCACCCAGAAGUACGAACAGUGGAUUGUUGCAGUUCACAAAGCGUGCAUGGUCUUUCAGAUGCCGGACAAAGAGGAGGAGAGCAGGAUCUGCAGAGCGCUCUUUCUAUACACAUCACAUCUGCGGAAAUACAACGAUGCUCUCAUCAUCAGUGAGGAUGCACAGAUGAAGGAUGCCCUUAAUUACCUCAAAGCCUUCUUCCACGAUGUCCGAGAAGCAGCAUUUGAUGAGACUGAGCAAGAUCUUACUCGGAGGUUUGAAGAAAAGCUGGAGGACCUGGAAAAGGUUUCCACAGAUCCCAGCAACGAGAACCCUAAACUCAGAGACCUCUACUUGAUCUUACAAGAGGAGUACCACUUAAAGCCAGAGACCAAAACCAUUCUCUUCGUGAAAACCAGAGCACUUGUGGAUGCUUUAAAAAAAUGGAUUGAAGAAAAUUCUGGAUUCAGCUUUCUAAAGCCUGGCGUAUUGACUGGACGCGGCAAAACCAACCAGGCCACAGGGAUGACCCUCCUGGCCCAGAAGGGUGCUCUGGAAGCGUUCAGAGCCAGCGGAGAUAACAACAUUCUGAUUGCUACCUCGGUCGCUGAUGAAGGCAUUGACAUUGCCCAGUGCAAUCUGGUCAUCCUGUAUGAGUAUGUGGGCAACGUCAUCAAAAUGAUCCAAACCAGAGGCAGAGGGAGAGCGAGAGAUAGCAAGUGCUUCCUCCUGACCAGCAAUGCUGACGUAAUAGAAAAAGAAAAGGUGAACAUGUUCAAGGAGAGAAUAAUGAAUGAGUCCAUUUCAAGACUUCAAACAUGGGAUGAAAUGAAAUUUGAAAAAAUGGUUCGCCAAAUACAGUUGGAUGAAAAGUUCAUCAGAGAUAGUCAACACAAACCACCACCUGUCCCUGAUAAAGAAAACAAGAAACUGCUGUGUGGGAAGUGCAAGACCUUUGCCUGCUACACAGCUGACAUCCGAGUGGUGGAGCAAUCCCAUUACACCGUACUUGGAGAAGCUUUUAAGGAACGCUUUGUGUCUAAGCCACACCCUAAACCAAAGACCUACGAUAGUUUUGAGAAGAAAGCAAAAAUAUUCUGUGCCAUUCAGAACUGCCGCCAUGACUGGGGGAUCCACGUGAGAUACAAGUCGUUCGAGAUUCCAGUCAUAAAAAUUGAAAGUUUUGUGGUGGAAGAUAUUGUAAGUGGAACCCAGAACCGGCACUCAAAGUGGAAGGACUUCCAUUUUGACAGAAAACAGUUUGAUCCUGCAGAAAUGUCCAAAUGACCGCACGGCUCCUGAGUCUUUCAGUCCAGGGAGCCACGACUCACCAAUUCUUUCUUACACAAGCGUAUACUGUGUCGGAGGCCAGGUCACCUGACCUGUUUGUUCCAAGAAGUUCUCAUCCACACAAAGCAUGUGUGCAUGAACUAUAGCCCUGAACACUUGGUUUACCAAUAACUCACAGCACUGGGCAAAGGGAGAGUUGAAAAUCUUCCCUUUUAUACUUCUCAGAAUUGCUGGCCAAGAGAACACACAGCCACUCAAUACAUCAGGAUGGAUGAAGUGUUGAAAGGUUUUCCUUACUGCCGUCUUCUCAACCUGCUACAAGAUGCUUUGCCCUUAACAAGCUACUGAAUUUGUUCUUUUUAAGGUCACCAGACUGACUGCCAAAUCCAACGGGCAUUUCUGGUUCUUAUAUUGGACUCCUUUCCUGCUUUUGGCGGUCAUACUCCCCUUUGGAUUCUCUUGGUUUCUAAUUCUUCUAGUCUUUUUCUAUUGGUUUUUGCUGACACAAGUAUAGGUGAUUGCAAGGUUCAAUGUGUACACAUUAAUGUAUUAAAGUGACAUAUACCUUUAAAAUUUACAACACUGUAAUAGACAGCUAUGCUUGCUGAGAAGGCAUUUCUGUCCUACUCAUUUACUAUACAUCUUACUCUAAAAUAUGUUCUUAUAACUUGGACCAUUUCCCCUCCUUGACUAGACAUCUCAAGCCAUGGUUGCCCCGUCCCUCUCCCCCUUAAGACAGGGUCUCUCUGUAGACCAGGAACUAGACAUGUAGCCUUGAA